UUAUAGACACAGCACAUCUAUAAAUAGAGGAGAACUUUGCAGAAAACAAAUUUAAAGAGAAACCUAGUGAUCAUAACAUUUUCCUAUCGAUCUUGUCCUAAUUGUAAGAAGAAAUCAAGAAAAAUGGAUCAUGAAGAAACGAAGCUCUUUGACAAAAAAGAAGAAACGAAGCUUGCAUCCGGAUACGAGGAUGCGAUCCAACAAAUGCAAAGAAAAGAAGAGCUGAAGGGUAUUGAGACGAGGAUGAAAGAGUUUGUUGGAGAGAAGACGCUUAUCGAUCUAAAGUUGAGAGAAUUAAUUGAGUUAGACAAAAAGCUCGAAACUUUACUACAGCCUACGGAGAACAUGGAAAACAUUUGCGUGAAAGACUUGACAGAAGAAACCAAAGAUGUUAUGAUUCUGAAAGCAUUUGUGACGUAUCGGCUUGGACAAAUGGAGACUAAGAUUUACGACCCUCAAGACGAAUUUGAUGUUAUAAUGGAAUCUAUAGAAACAAAGGAAGAGAGUGUGAAGGGUUUGAAGAUGAGGAUGAAAGUGUUCAUUGAUGAGAAGGAGUCUGAAGACAUACUCUUGGACGAGUUGUAUGAGUUCAAUAAAAAGCUUGGAGCUCUUCUUAAGUCCAAGGGCGUGGAAAAUAUGCAUUUGGAGGACAUGAGAGAAGAAGUUAAAGACACAAUAAUUAUGAACGAAAUUGUGAAGAAAAUGAUCGCGAAGAGGGAUCCAGAAUCGUCUAAACCAACGAUCAUCAAUAAUUAUUGUAUUUAGAAACUAGUAACAUAUAAAUUUGCUAUCAUGGAGCAUAUAUGAUCACUUUAUCGCUUGUUUCUCCCUUCAAAAUAACUAUAGAAUAAGUUGGGAUUUUCUUAUAAUGUCAAUAUGGAAGGAAUUCAUGUCGUUAUACGUUAUAAUUAAUCGGAUUCUUAUAAAAGAUAU